UGAAUAGUCUGUGGAAACAGACAACCUCACGGAGGUUGGCUGAAUUUUCGCAAAGUGAAUUUCACUUGAAUAUUAGGUAUUAUUUUCUUCGUCUUAGCUUUGGGUGAUGAAAGAUUUGCAUUAUAGUUGAAUCGUAUAUUCUAAAGUGAAUUCAUUUCGGAUACAUUAUUUGGUGUUAUUUGCUAUUCUUUAGAAAAAUAUACAGCGCUUCAUAAAAAUAAGAUAUCAUGGCGGUACCUACUACCGGUGUAGUUGUGCCUCGAAACUUUCGUUUAUUAGAAGAAUUAGAACAAGGUCAAAAAGGUGUAGGUGAUGGUACAAUCAGUUGGGGCUUGGAAAACGAUGAUGACAUGACUCUUACGCAUUGGACUGGAAUGAUAAUUGGACCACCUAGAACACCAUAUGAAAAUAGGAUGUAUAGUUUGAAAAUUGAUUGUGGUCAGAGAUAUCCAGAUGACGCUCCCAAUGUAAGAUUUUUAAGCAGGAUCAAUAUGAAUUGUAUCAACAGCACUACUGGUGCAGUUGAUAACCGCAGUGUACCAGUACUUGCAAAAUGGCAACGAGAAUAUACAAUUAAGACAGUUCUUCAAGAACUUCGCCGUUUAAUGACAUUGAAAGAAAAUAUGAAAUUGUCUCAGCCUCCAGAGGGUAGCACUUUUUAGCCUAACCACAUGUAAACACAACACCUCUUCCUUUCUGCGGUAGCAUGGGGCAAGAUACAAUAAAGGUACCAAAUAAUAUUAAAUGGGUGCCGAAUAAAGACAUAUACUAAGAAGUGACAUCUGUAUAAAAAAAGCAAGGGGGAUGAUGACUAUAAAAGUUGAUUCAGUGUUUUCAAUUUAGUAAAAUAUUUACUUACAAAAUUCAUAAAUCAUUUAUUACUUAUUAUUUCUUGAACUUGAAGCAUAUUUCAAAUACAUAUAUGGCAUAACAUAUAUACACUUGUAUGAUAUAUAUGUAUAUGUUUGUAUGUGUAAAAUUAAUAUUUUCAUUUUAAUAUUUUAAGACCAUGCACACAUAUUUAAUUUAAGGAAAUGCUGUUUCAGCUUUUUAAGUUAAUACAAUCUAAAACAAAAGUCAUAUUUUGAUUCUUAAAACUGGAAACACAGACUGUGUAAUAAAAGUAAUAAUCACUAAGAAUAACUUAUGCCUUCAAAGUUUUUUAAAUGAAACAAAAUUUCCUGAAUGACAUUUCAGUUUGUGCAUAAGUGCCAUUUCAUGAUUUGUGGAGGUGUCUCAGUAAUUACUAUUGUAGACAAUUCUAAAUUUUAAUAAUUUAUAUUUCUGUGUGCUCAUUUUUAUCAAGCCUUACUUUAUUUCUUCUCUGUUAGUUGUUAUUAAGAUUUUAGCAAAUAGCAGGUUGUUGAGAUCAAUAUUUAAUGUAAUAAUGUGCCUUUUUGUGCAAGUAGCAUAAAAGUGAGCAUAUAUUGAGCGUAUUUGGUUGAGACAUCAUCCAAGAACGGCCUCUUAUUCUAUAAAAAAAAAAAGUAUUUCUUAACUGAUAAACAAAUUAUGUUACAAUUGAAAAUAUAAAGUAAUAACUUGAUUUGUAAUAACAUGUGGUUAAUGGUAUAGUGUUUUGCAUCAUUGUAUACAUCAAUUUAUGAAGCAUUAGAUUAAAAAUGCUUAACUUUCCAUAUAUUCCACUAUUUAUAUAUUAGAAAUAUAUUUUCAGUUUCUUCUUAUCAUUAUAGUGCAGAUAUAAUGCAAACAUGUAUUAUUUACUCUUUGAUCAAAGCUUCAUAAUUGAUGUAUUAAUAAAAUCAUACUUAACUUUUAAUAAGUAUCCAAAGUACCAUAAGUAGUUUUUCAACGUUUAGGGAAUCAGGUCUGAAUGCUAGUGUAAUUCUAUCAUGAAUUGCCAUGAACUAUACCGUUCCCAUAAAGUUGUAUACAGAGGGGAAGAAAAGUUUUCCAUAAUUAUGUUACAUUUUAGAAAAAGAGAGAGAGAGAGAAAUAUAAUCAUAAAUUAUUUCAAACAUAAUAUAAUUUUUUGAAAUUUUAUUGUCAAAAUUGUAGAGAUGUUGAUCCUUACUUUUAAAGUAAAUCCAAACCAAAGUAUGAGAUUUUUAACACAAGUCCACAUUUAUCGUGUAAUAUUAUGAAAUUCUCAACUACCUGAAACAUUAUACAUACCUCUUCAUUAGCUUUGCAUUUCAGUAUUACACUAUAAGUAAUGUAAUAGUGUAAUCCAAUUCAUACUAAUAAAAAUAUUAAAUAAUUAUUACUCCAUGUCGAUGAAAUCAAGCUUAAAAAAAAAAAAAAUAAACAAAUUUCUUUAGAAA